AUGGAUCCACCCCUUCAAAGUCUACCGGGAAACGAGAGCGAGUCUAACCAGUGCGAUUUUGGCACUAAUCAAAUGGCUAACUUACAGGAAUCAAACGGCAAUUUCAUGGAGAGCUUGCGUGUGCGUCAAAAUUCGCGAAGAUCACAGAGUUGUAGUGAAGGUGCCGUGGAGGCCAGUGCUCAGAUGCUUGACGAUUUGCUGACCAUUCAGAGACAACCAAUUACUGGUAUAAAUGGCCAUUCUCAACGACCCGCUGCUAUGAUCGUUGCUCCGCCAUUCGAAGACGCUUUUCCAAGGACUCCAAUGCAAGCAACCUCAAGGAUUCCAAUGCGAGUGACUCCAAGGCCUAUCUUUCAGACAUGUCAUAUCGACGAGACGAGACCACAAAAUGUGCCGGUGCGAAAAGUCAGGCCGCUCUCAGUUCUUCCAAGUUUGAUGCAAAUGCCAGUUCGAGGACCAAGGAUUCCAACUAUUGCUUUUUCACCAGUCUUUCGUCAGCCUCAUCCACCAAUAACUGACCCUUUUCAAAAUCAAAAUGGAGCACCAAAGUUCAAUGGUCCCGUGGAGGUAUGUAGCUAUUGUCGAUCAUCGGGUCAGCGUUACUACUACGGUCACACGAAGAAGAAUUGUCCCAAGUAUUGUCCCGCCAACAAAAUGAUGCUAAAUUUGAAGCGCAGUGAGGAAGAGCAUCGGCAGUUUAUGCGCGACGUCAAAAAGGGCCUUGAGAUCGAU